GAAUAUAACAGACCACAACACCAAACAGUGCCGCGGGCAUUUCGAGUUGUCAAUCCGAUUCAGGACAUUUCCGUAAGGGUGGACUUGAAGAUUGGAAAGCGAUCUUUGGGGCCCUUGUCGGAGUACUGCUUGGGGAGACCAGCAAGAAAGCUAUUGUCGUUAGCUACAACUCUGCGGGUCUGGGGGUUCCAGCAGGGGCAGGGGGCGGGAGGUUACCGAGGAAGGAAAAGCUUGAAUGCUGAGAGGAGGCUGGAAGUCUGAAACGCUUCCAGCCUGACGCGGCCGGCGUUGUGGCGAUAUAGCUUUGGACUGUGUUUUGAACCCUCGCGGCUAAGUGGAUGGGAUGGAGCCGGGACCAUCUGGCGCUGUGCCCAUGGGGCCUUACCCCCCUCCCCUGCAGCAGGUGUUCCAGGCCCCACGCCGUCCGGGGAUGGGCACUGUGGGCAAACCCAUCAAGCUGCUGGCCAACUACUUUGAGGUGGAGAUCCCCAAGAUGGACGUCUUCCACUACGAGGUGGACAUCAAGCCUGACAAGUGCCCCCGCCGAGUCAACAGGGAGGUAGUGGAGUACAUGGUGCAGCACUUCAAACCUCAGCUGUUUGGUGACCGUAAACCGGUGUACGACGGCAAGAAGAACAUCUACACCGUGCUGGCUCUGCCAAUCGGUAGCGAGAAGGUGGACUUUGAGGUGACAAUUCCAGGCGAGGGGAAGGACCGCAUCUUCAAGGUGUCCAUUCGCUGGCUGGCCAAAGUGUCAUGGCGGCUGCUCCAGGAGACGUUGGUGAGCGGGCGGCUGCAGGUGCCUCUGGACUCGGUGCAGGCGCUGGACGUGGCCAUGCGACACCUGGCCUCCAUGAGGUACACUCCGGUGGGUCGCUCCUUCUUCUCUCCCCCGGAAGGGUAUUACCACCCCCUGGGCGGUGGCAGGGAAGUGUGGUUCGGCUUCCAUCAGUCGGUCAGGCCAGCCAUGUGGAAGAUGAUGCUCAACAUAGACGUAUCUGCCACGGCCUUCUACAAAGCACAGCCGGUCAUCGAGUUCAUGUGUGAGGUCCUGGACAUCCGCAACAUCGACGAGCAGCCCAAAACACUCACCGACUCCCAGAGGGUCCGCUUCACCAAGGAGAUCAAAGGUGGGCCUAUAACUGGCCUGAAGGUGGAGGUGACGCACUGUGGUCAGAUGAAGAGAAAGUACCGCGUCUGCAACGUCACGCGCCGCCCCGCCAGCCACCAGACGUUUCCCCUGCAGUUGGAGAGCGGGCAGACGGUUGAGUGUACAGUAGCACAGUAUUUCAAGCAGAAGUACAAUCUGCAGCUCAAGUACCCCCACCUGCCCUGCUUACAGGUGGGGCAGGAGCAGAAGCACACCUACCUUCCCCUGGAGGUUUGUAACAUAGUAGCAGGUCAGCGCUGCAUUAAGAAACUGACAGAUAAUCAGACCUCCACCAUGAUCAAAGCCACGGCACGCUCUGCACCGGACAGACAGGAGGAGAUCAGCAGGCUGAUGAAGAAUGCCAACUUCAACCUGGACCCCUACAUUCAAGAGUUUGGCAUCAAGGUGAAGGAUGACAUGGCGGAGGUGACUGGAAGAGUUCUGCCUGCUCCUAUCCUUCAGUACGGUGGUCGGAACCGAGCCAUCGCCACACCAAACCAGGGCGUGUGGGACAUGAGAGGAAAGCAGUUCUACAACGGCAUUGAGAUCAAGGUGUGGGCCAUCGCCUGUUUCGCUCCACAGAAACAGUGCCGCGAGGAAGUGCUCAAGAACUUCACCGACCAGCUGCGCAAGAUCUCCAAGGACGCGGGGAUGCCCAUCCAGGGCCAGCCGUGCUUCUGUAAGUACGCGCAGGGAGCGGACAGCGUGGAGCCCAUGUUCAGACACCUGAAGAACACCUACUCUGGCCUGCAGCUCAUCAUCGUCAUCCUGCCCGGCAAGACCCCCGUCUACGCGGAGGUGAAGCGGGUAGGGGACACCCUCUUGGGAAUGGCCACUCAGUGUGUUCAGGUGAAGAACGUGGUGAAGACGUCACCUCAGACCCUCUCCAACCUCUGCCUCAAGAUCAACGUCAAGCUGGGCGGCAUCAACAACAUCCUGGUACCACACCAGCGGUCGGCAGUGUUCCAGCAGCCCGUCAUCUUCCUUGGGGCAGACGUCACUCACCCACCUGCUGGGGAUGGGAAGAAGCCCUCCAUUACUGCUGUGGUUGGCAGUAUGGACGCCCACCCCAGCAGGUACUGUGCCACGGUGCGGGUGCAGAGGCCCAGGCAGGAGAUCAUCGAAGACCUCUCGUUUAUGGUGCGCGAGCUGCUCAUUCAGUUCUACAAGUCCACGCGCUUCAAGCCCACUCGCAUCAUCUUCUACCGGGACGGGGUUCCUGAAGGACAGCUGCCACAGAUCCUUCACUACGAGCUGCUGGCCAUCAGAGAUGCCUGCAUUAAACUGGAGAAGGAUUACCAGCCGGGGAUCACCUACAUUGUGGUGCAGAAACGCCACCACACCCGCCUCUUCUGCGCCGACAAGUCAGAGAGGAUUGGGAAGAGUGGCAAUAUUCCAGCAGGCACUACAGUGGACACCAGCAUCACUCACCCCUUUGAGUUUGACUUUUACCUGUGCAGUCAUGCUGGCAUUCAGGGCACAAGCCGGCCUUCUCACUACUAUGUGCUGUGGGACGACAACCGCUUCACGGCAGAUGAGCUGCAGAUCCUCACCUACCAGCUGUGCCACACCUACGUGCGCUGCACCCGCUCCGUCUCCAUCCCCGCGCCAGCCUACUACGCUCGUCUUGUGGCCUUCCGCGCCCGCUACCACCUGGUGGACAAGGAGCACGACAGUGGGGAGGGCAGCCACGUGUCGGGUCAGAGUAACGGCCGGGACCCCCAGGCGCUGGCCAAAGCUGUGCAGAUCCACCAUGACACCCUGAGGACCAUGUACUUUGCCUGAGCACACACCCACACCCACUCGACCUCAUAUCCUUCCAUCAUUCUAUCCCACCAAGACUGGACGCGGCACCGGACGCCUCCUGGCCACUCAAGCACCCUCCACCCCGGCCCACUCCUCACCUCUCGCUCGAGACGAACCUUCAAAUGCACCACAUCAGACAUCAUACACACUACAGUGCAGCAGAGGUGACCUUCAAACACAGCACCUUGUCCCCAAAACUAUAUGAAGAUCAUCGUGAUGAAGAUUUCUCUGUUUGGAUUUACUUGGCAGGCCCACUAUACCCCUGCAAGUUCCUCAUUUUAUUUUGAUUUCUUUGUUUUCAUACUUUUCUUUUAAUGAAGAGUUCAAUGGUAUUAAUGUUGUGUAUACCUUUGCCCUUCUGUGUAUGAAAUGUAUGCAUGUAUGCAAUAUGAAGAGAAGGACUGGAUAGGGAAACCUAUGAAGAUGUUUUUGUUUUGUUUACUUUUGACUGCCACCACAACUCUGCCUCAAUCAGCUUCCCUUGCCGGAGAACGGUGUUUGUGCCCCUUUUCAACAUUUUACACACACAUGCUUGCAUGCAAAACACACACACAUACACACACACACACACACACACAUUCAUUUUAAAAUUUUAAUUUUAUAAAUGACUAUUGUUACAUUUUUAUUGUUUAAAUGGAAAACGUUUUCUUUUUUUUAAUAUGGCCUUUAUGGAUGCCCUAAAUGUAAUGGUACAUUAGCACUUAGCGUUAGCAUUGUAGACCGCAUAAGCCCAGCGUCCAUGAAUUGUCUCUGUGUAUGACUUGCAUUAGUGACCCAUGACCGAGGCUGGGAGCGUGGGAAGAGGCUGUAGCAUUACUGUAGGUGCAGAGAGCACUCCUCUGAUUGUGCACUCUACUUGGACAGUGUCAUUUGUAGCCAAACUUUGUAUAGACUUAGCUAGCGCCAGGUAAUGGCACAAAAAUUAGCCAAAAAAGAAAGAAAAGACGAGAAGAUCCUUAACUAAAAAAAAGGUAGAACAGAACAGACCAAUGAGUGCUUUAAGUAUUACGCUCAGCGCACCCAACACUGAAACCAGCAUUGUAAACCAGCCAAAUGUGAUGCCAACCAUGCAGAGUACGGGGCACAAGCGUCACGUGGGGGGGUGCUGCACCUCACAUGCCAUUUUAUUUAUUUAUGUUUUUUUUUUUUUUAUUGUGGCACUUCCUGUUACUGAAUGGUCCCCUUCCUUUAGAGAUGGAAUAUAUAUAUGCUCUUGUUUUUUUUAUUAUUAUUUGUUUCUCUUUUUUUUUAAAUAUUUGUUUUUACUUUGCCUUUGCUGUAGGUCUCAAAACCAUUCUGACAGUUAGCACCUAGUCCUUCCUAUGCACGUGCCGUAACAGCGCAGUCUCCACACUCUCCCACGGGUUACUUGAGUGAGCAAUAAAGAUGCUGUUUUCUCUCCCCCCCCCCCCAAAUGAAGCUUGAACGCUGUCAGCCACAAUCAUGGACACAGGCCUGUCCAUGACACAGCCUUGACAGUGGACCAGCAUUUCCUGUUGCCUCUCUCGCGCGGCCCACUCCUAUAGCGUACAUUCCAGCACGUAGAGAAGGAUGCAGCGGACAGGUGCAGCACCGGCUCACACGCGUGUAGUGCAACGCAUGAACACAGACCAUGUUCAGAACUAGUGCGGAAUUGUUUUGAUUUUUUUUUACAUUUGUUUUUGUUUUGUUUUGUUAUGUACAUAUGAACGUUCCACCAUUGCUUGGCUUCAGACAUCCGAGCUCCCCGCCACCAAGUAGACAUACAUUAUGCACACUCUAGAAGCCCCUAUGCACCUUUGUUGAAUUCCCAUGUACACCAAUGCACCGCCUUAAACACUGCCACUUCUUUCCACAAACGACACACACACACACACACACACACAUAUACACAACAUACACACACACACACAUACACUCACACACACAUAUUCAGCACACAUUUUACUGGCCUGUCUCCCUCGCUCACCCUUCGUAUCCCCCGGCCUGUUGGCCACAGACGCCCAUUGGUGCGCUGUGGGCGUUGGCCACACAGAAGCGAGCGUCUGGCCUCGGGCCCGUGGGGUUACGAGCAUCUCAUCUCAAGGCUUUGUGAACUGCAUGUUCUCGUUAGUGGAAAUUGGUGAAAGUUGACCCGUGCACCUUUGUUUUUUUUGUUUUUUUUUAGCAGAUCAUGUCUCAAGUCCUGUAGACAAGAGCUUGUGGAGCUCUGUACUCUGCCUGUUGUAUGUUGCCUCAAUCUGAAAUUCAUUUUUCUCUCUCUUGUUUUUCGUAACGGUUAAAACAAUUGCACUUGUAUUUUCUCAUUUGACUUAUUUGUUUUCGCUACAGUUGUGAGUAGUGUCAGGCGUUGUCCUCAAGGGGGAGCUGUGGAAAUGUCCCUUUUGAUUUUGAACUAUCUGCCUCAAAGCACCUCAAGGUGUCAGAUUUAUACUGAGGGUGCUUGUUUAAGUCAAAAGGGAUUUCUGAUUUUGGUCAGCCAACCGUUGUUUUGACUCCUGUUUAAUGGAAUAUUGUGGAAUCAAAAUGCCUUUGUACAGUGUUGUACCAAUCCUGUGUCUCUGAAGGUGAUUUGUAUUUAUAAGUUGAUAACUUUUGGUUGCAUUGAUAUAGACUGAGUACAGAAUUCAUCAGAAAUGUAAGUGAUAACGAGGUAAGGAUUCAGUCGAAGGGAGGGGGGAGAGGGACAGGAUCUAAAUGGCAUUUAUUUACAGUGGUUCUCAGCCACGUGAUUGCCCUCUGUUAUAACCUAGAGCCAGUGUUUCCUCAAGAAGAUAAAUAUGAUUUCAAAGAACGAUGGUUCCCCAUGGAGGAACAGUAGCCCUGUUUGCUGCAUUGUUGGACUGUUCUACUGCCUUCUCUGUGUGGAUGCAGCUUGUAAGGCAUUAAUGGGUAAUAUGGGAGGGGGGGCUGAGGAAUUCGGACAAACCUCCCUUGUGAUUGUCAUGGGAGCUCUCACCCUUUCUGAUGCACUCAUUUCACUCUACUCUGAAACAGGCAUUGUAUACAGGGCAGUUUAGAGGUACAUUAUCAGAGGGCUCCACAUUCACCCUCACAGAUUUAAGCAAUAUAAAAUAGCCACUGAACAAGUCCUUGUCAUAGCACUUCCCAGUAGAUCUGAAUGAAAGGGCACAAGCAACGUAUUUUGGCUGUGUAUGUCAUAGUAAUGGGACUUUGUUGGGGAGGGUUAUUUUUAAAGAAAAUAAAAAAAAAUGUUUUUUAUUAAUCA